UAAAGUUAAAAUUCAGACAAUCUAUUUUCCCAUAUCUUAUUCAAGCAUCAGACAUUCAACGAUCCUUGAACUUAAAGGAGGAUGGAUGACUCGAACUCGAAGAAGUUCCAAACUCAAAAAGAAGAGAUUGACUACUGGCGCCUAGAGGCGGAACGUUUCAAACAAGAUUUGGAAGAAACAAGGGAGGAAUUAGAGGAAUUUCAGAUAAGCAGCAGGGAGCUGGAAUGUGAACUGGAAGCUCAGCUGGAGCAGCUGGAGUCUAAGAACAAAGAGCUUCUGUCAGAGACCACAAAACUCAGCAGUGAAAAUGCCUCACUCAAGGAAAAGAUUGAGCUCUUACAAACAAACAGUCACAGACAAGUAUCCAAUUUAGAGGAUGAGCUAGCUCAAGUUAGUGCCUAUAAAGACGAAUUACAGAGAUACAUCAGGGAGUUAGAGCAGACAAAUGAUGAUCUGGAAAGAGCCAAAAGGGCAACAGUUGUGUCACUGGAAGACUUUGAAGUGAGAUUAAAUCAGGCAAUUGAAAGGAAUGCCUUUUUAGAAAGUGAAUUAGAUGAAAAGGAAACUUUAACAGAAACAGUGCAGAGAUUGAAAGAUGAAGCAACAGACCUUCGAUCGGAGUUAAACGUGGUUCAGUCAAGACCAGCAAGUUCAGUCGAAAGCAUUGCUUCCAAAGAAGACAGUAAUUCCAAUGCAAUUCCAGUAAAAAAGAAACAGGAUUCGCGAGAGGAAAACAGCAUUAACGAUAAACCUCCCUCUUUAUCCACUCCUCCAAACAGAGGAAUACCUUUUAAAUCAGCAACAAGCACACCACUUACACCAUCUGCAAGAAUCUCAGCUUUAAACAUAGUCGGAGACCUGCUUCGAAAAGUUGGAGCUUUAGAAUCUAAGCUAGCUUCCUGUCGAAACUUUGUGAAAGAUAAUCCAAGGGGAGGAAAGCCAGCAUCAGUUAGUCCAACGAAUUCCCCAAGGGCUAAAAGAUUAAACAGAGGAGCAUCAGUGCCACCCCAGCAAGGAGUUAAAAUCCCAGUCUGAUGUUAAGCCAAACCUCGCCACUCUCAAAAAGCAAUCCAUGAUGAUAUUCUCUAUCCUAAUAGUCAGGGCAAAGAUUAAAUGUUUCUGUGACCAGUUAUUCAUUUUUAUUGGAUGCUAAGAUACAUGCUUGAAAAACCAUUUUCAAGUAAAGAAAAGGAUAUUUGAAUUUUUUUUUUUUAAUAUUGUUUCAUUUUUGGGGGGAGGAUUAUUAUAUACAUGUCUAUCACAUCAAUUUGUUGUCAUUCUAUAACUGGGUUUUACAUUGACAGAAUUCUCUUAAAAAAGUGAUGUAAAUUUUUCCUUUCAUUUUUGGAUUUCAGAUAUGAAAAGUUAACCAUAUUUGCUUUUAAAAAUUGUAUCCAUAUAAUAAUUGUACAGAUAUAUGUUGUGAAUACUCAUUUGUACAUAGUUAGUGAUUUGUAUUAAGUUAUUGAAGAAUCAUAAGCACAAAGUAUGAUGAUUUAGUUGUUUAAGUUUUAGUUUAUGUCUUACUUUGGACAUCUAUAGAACCAAUUUGAUAAAAGUAUCCUCCCUCACCCCCCCCCCCCUCUCCCCAAGGAUGUAUAAAAUAAAUGGCAAUCAAAUAUAAGAAGAUAAGAUAAUAAAAAUUAAUAAUAAUAGAAGAUAUUGAAGAAAUAUUUUUAUUAUUAGUGGGUAUAUAGCAUUGUUUAGUGAUAACAUGUAUCGAUUAGAUAAGUAGGAAAAUUGUGUUCAUAGUUUACCUACUUAUUGGUUAAAGUGAAUGGAAGUUUAUGUAGGUAUCAUCUAAAGAAGUUUUAUUUUCUUCAUCAAUUACCUAUUUUUCAGUUUCUUUUUUGUUUAAAAAAUUAACCUUUCAAGGAAUCUUAGCUUUAAGAAAACUGUAGAGAAAUCUUUUUUUGACUUUGUUCAAAUAAGUUUUUUUUCUUCUAGAAUUCAUCACAGGAAGAUGGGUGAUGGGAAAGAUGCCUUUAUAAAUGUGCUGUUGACACCAUAAUUCACUUAUUAGACCUAUUAUUAUAUUCAUUUCACUUGUUUUCCAUUUAAUGGUCACAGUGGUAGUUUUAUUUUCCUUCCUUAAGUUCCUCACUCUUUAUUGGUAAAGACCAUAUAAUUUGUUAUUCUGAAAGACCAUUAGAAAGAUUAAGAAAACAGUUCAUUAUCAGAAGAUUUUAUUUCAUUUAGAACAAAAAUAAAUUGACAACAAAAGAAGCUUUCACUUCCCUUUUCUGUGAAUGAAAAAUUUUGUCUUCCUCUACGUAAAAUUAUGAUGGAACAAUUAAUGUGCUACAAAUAUAAUAUGGUGUUGACUUGAAAGAGAUUUUUUUUUACCAAUAAUUGCAAUUACUGUGUGGUUGUUUGUGUGUGUGUUAUUUGAUGUCAGGGAAUUAAACAAUUUAUCAUUUGGGUGUACAUGAAUUCACUGAAUGAAUUGUAUAACAUAUGAAAAGUAACUGCUGUGAAUUUUUAAUUGGUGAUUUUGAUUUUGUUGUGAUACUUUGUGUGUUUAUCAGGGUUGCUGUAUACAUUACUGUAUUUCAUGCAGAAAUUUUUUGUCACUUUGCUCUUCUUUUAUUUUGUUUUUUUUUCUUUAAGUUUGUAUUACAUUAUGAGAAAACUCUUGCCAUUAUUAAUGAUGUGAUUUUUUCUUUCUGAGAUCAUAUUAAAUUCAUCCUCUAUGUUUUUAAUACUUGCUGAAGAAGAAGUCAUCAAAAUCUCUGUUCAUUAAUUAAUUAAUUCACACUUUGUUUACAAUCCCAAAAUGACAUGUGUAUUUGUAGUACUGCAUACAUUUUAAGAUCUGGAGUGGUGAUAUGUUUUGUCUUGUAUCAUUAUGGGUCAUUUCGCUUACUUUUUAGUUUUAAAUGUCAUGAACUUGACAUUUUUCUUGAUGUCUUAUUAUGAAGAAAAGAUCAAGUUUAUAACUAGGUUGGGAAAAAUUCAGAUCCCAGUCAUUAACUGAUUGUCAUUUUAUCUUCAUUCCAUAUGCUGUAAAUGUACUUAUUUUAGCAUUUUCUCUAAUAUUUCAGUGCUGUUGCAUUGCAUUACAUCCACCAAUGCAAGUACAUGCUAGUACAUGAUUCAAACUAAUCCAUUUAGUUUUGCAAGAAUUAGAUGUGUAAAUUUAUUGAUUGCACCCAUCAUUGAAGGAGAAUAUUGCACUGAAUUUUGAGUGUGUCAAUUUAUGUGCAUUUACAGUACUCAUUGAAAAUUUGACUAUGUUUUAUAAAAACUUAAUUAAACUACUGUCAACUGGUUUGAAUCAUUAUUUGUGGUGAAGAGAUAAGUAUGCAUUGUUCAAUUCAUUUUGGCUAAGAAACUUUUUUUAAUCAAACAAGCAUUUAUAAAAGAGUUUGUCAGGAUUUUUCAUGUAAUUUAGUUGAACUGCAAUAUCACAGGUAUGAAUUAAAAGCACUGUAGUGUGCUAAGAAUUUAAGUUUCAAUUUACCUGCACAUGGGAGUCUGGAAUUUUCAGAUUCUGUAAGCUAUUCUGAUAUGUUGUUUACAGAAUGAUUUUAAGUGUCCAAGUAAAGGUUUUAGAUGGA